CCCGCGAUCACCUCCUCGCUACUCGUCCUCCCUCACCCACCGCUGCAACCCCUUUCCCUACUUCAGACUAUACACACUACCUCGAAUAUCUCAAAACAUGUGCCCCCACGCUAACGGCGACGCCCUCCCGAACGGGACUUCCGAAAUGGUCCCCGUAGACUUGGCGAACGCUUCCACCUCGCACUCAUCAUCGGUCAGGACGAAUGGUGUGAAUGGCCACGCAAAUGGCCAUGUAAAUGGCGUUAACGGUGCUGCCAAGAAGCCCGAGCAGCGACAGAACCCUUAUGCUCCUCGCGCAUCGGACUUCCUGAGCAAUGUCUGCAACUUCAAGAUCAUUGAGAGUACCUUGCGAGAGGGCGAGCAGUUCGCCAACGCUUUCUUCGAUACCAAGACCAAAAUCGCUAUUGCCAAGGCACUCGAUGCCUUCGGUGUGGAGUACAUUGAGCUCACCAGCCCCGCUGCGUCUGAGCAAUCACGGUCUGACUGCGAGGCGAUCUGCAAGCUCGGCCUGAAGGCUAAGAUUCUGACGCACAUUCGUUGCCAUAUGGAUGAUGCACGGAUAGCUGUUGAGACUGGUGUCGAUGGCGUCGACGUCGUCAUUGGAACGUCGUCGUUCCUCCGCGAGUUCUCGCAUGGCAAGGACAUGGCCUACAUCACCAAGACGGCCAUCGAGGUCAUCGAGUUCGUGAAGAGCAAGGGCAUCGAAGUCCGGUUCUCGUCAGAAGACUCCUUCCGUUCAGACCUCGUCGACCUAUUGUCCAUUUACCAGACCGUGGACAAGAUUGGUGUCAACCGGGUAGGUAUCGCGGAUACUGUCGGUUGCGCCAACCCUCGUCAGGUGUACGACCUCGUCCGUACGCUUCGUGGUGUCGUCGGCUGCGACAUCGAGAUCCACUUGCACAACGACACCGGCAUGGCCAUCGCCAACGCGUACACUGCGCUUGAGGCCGGUGCUACCCACAUCGACACAUCUGUCCUCGGUAUUGGCGAGCGUGUCGGUAUCACUCCUCUCGGUGGUCUUGUUGCUUGCUUGUACGCCGCCGACCCGGAGUACGUCAAGAGCAAGUACAACCUGCCCAUGCUCCGUGAGAUUGAAAAUCUGGUCGCCGAGGCCGUCGAGGUCAACAUACCAUUCAUGAACCCCAUCACCGGCUACUGUGCCUUCACACACAAGGCUGGUAUCCACGCCAAGGCCAUUCUCAACAACCCUUCCACCUAUGAGAUCCUGAAGCCCGAAGACUUCGGGCUUACGCGUUACGUCUCCAUCGGGCACAGGUUGACCGGAUGGAAUGCUGUGAAGAGUCGCGUGGAGCAGCUCGGCCUGACGCUCACUGAUGAGGAGAUCAAGGACGCGACAGCGAAGAUCAAGGAGCUCGCAGACGUCCGCACACAGUCGAUGGAUGACGUCGACUCGCUGCUGCGUGUGUACCACUCCGGGAUCCAGUCGGGCGAACUUGCCGUCGGACAGAAGGAGGCUCUCGACCGCCUGCUGCGCAAGCAUCGCGAGGGCACCAUGGACAGCCGCGACGCAUCCAUCAGCAGACCCACGAGCCCGGCACCGGUCGCCGCCUAGAUUCUCCCCCGGUAGAUCUGGCCGCAGCGUGGGACUAGUCAGGGCGAACAUUUGUGUCCUUCGGUGGUGUUGGCCUGUGGCCUAAGCAGCAAAAUUAGUGGGUAGCAUUGUGAGCCCUGACAGAUCUACCUGCUUCUCUCCUCAUGUUCACCGGCGUACGGGGCACCCGGCUCUCGAACCUUGCAUCGGUUGAACCUCCUUUCGACAGUGCCGUUAAUUGGCAUUAAUUUCCACCCCCUUGUGUAACACGUCGCAUGUACGAGUAGUGCAGCAAAAGAUGUCAUCGGGACAUCCGCGAAUUCAAUAGGAAUCAGUGUACCAUUUCGGGGACGUGUCGUGCAGGUGGCGCAGAUGCCGAAGGUUCUGACGAUCUUGUCGGAGGGUGGUCCCACGAGCGGUAGAUGUUCUCUGUCCGAUGUCAUUGGUACUGUACGAUCUCAUACAGCCUCCCGCCGCAUCUCAUCUGUCGGAAGCUUGCUC